AUGGCUUCCCGUGUCAGCUCGCACCGGUCGGCCUCCCUGCGCCAGUCGCAGUCGCAGCAGGGUGAGGACGAGGACUCGCGCAAGGAGAAACAGACCUUUGCGAGUCGGGUGAAGAACAUCUGGAAGAACUCCGGCCUGGACCAGCCAACUAUUCUGCUAAUGAUGAAGGGCGGCAUUCCACCGACGAUCGCGGUGUCCAUAUAUCAAGCCACCGAUGUGGCGGACCAGUAUACGACUUUGGGCUAUCUGACGGCCGUGGUCUCGAUCCUGGGCUUCGCCAUUCAGCCUCGGGCCAAGUUCCUCCAGAUGAUCAUCUUCGAUGUUUUGGCCGUCUGCCUGGCGGCGUCAUUUGCCCUCUUAACGAUGUACUCAAGCGUUCAGGCACGCUACAACACAACCCCUAGUAUUUUUACCACCCGCUCGGCGACCAAUCCAUCCAGUCAGACGUAUAAUUCGUCGUCCUCUGCCGUCAGCGGAGUCUUUUUGUUCUUUCAGAUCUGGUUGGUUCAUACUUUCCGCGCCAAGUACCCGCAAUUCCAGUUUCCUGUGGUAAUUUACUCAAUCUUUGCCAAUGUCUCGUCGAUCUAUGCGCCACAGAUCGAAAAUAUGACCUCUGCAAUCAGCCUGGUGAAGCGACUUCUGGAGGCAUUUCUGACUGGUCUUGGCAUCUCAACCGCCGUAUCGCUCUUUAUUCUUCCCAUGACGUCGCGAAAGGCUGUCUUCAAUGAGAUGAGCGGCUAUAUAAACGGGUUGCGGUCUGCAUUGGGGGCUCAUGUCGUCUACUUCGAGACGCUGGAAAGAAGCGACAUGUUUGGUCGCACCGAUACAUUCGAUGAUACCCGUGAGAAAUUCGGGGAGAAGGGAAAGAUCUAUAGUCCCGAAGCUGAGGCCAUCCGCUCUUCGAUCCGUCAAAUUACAGGUCUCCAUGCCAAGCUCCACGGUGAUUUGACAUUUGCAAAGCGAGAAUUCGCGUUGGGGAAACUGGGCCCUACCGAUCUCAAAACGGUCUUUCGUCACCUCCGGCAAAUUAUGAUCCCUGUGGUUGGCCUGAGCUUUGUGGUCGAUAUUUUCCAGCGACUAUCAGAGUACAACAGAUGGAACGAGCCUCUCGAUCCCAACGCCGAAACUCUCCCGGAUGAGGUGCGCGAGCGCGUCGUGCGAGAAUGGAACGAUAUCAUGCGGGCGGUGCACGAUCCAUUCGCAGAUAUGAUCCAGACGAUCGACGAGGGCUUGCUUCAUACUUCGUAUGUUUUCAGAUUGACGAAGCCGCCCAAGAAGUCCGCUGCUGCUUAUCCUACAAGCAAUGACAACCCCGCUGAAGAGAACAAGGACGUGGAAGCCCCGGUAGAGAACACUGCUCCUGGAGAAAAAGAAUUUACGCCUCAUUUUGAGAAGAAACUGGGCGAGUUCCGCUGUGCAAAGCGGAUUGCGCUGCAAGCAUGGGCUGAAGAAAAGGGAAUUACACUGCCGCCGGAUUUCUUUGAUCACCCACAGUCAAUGGAGAUCUUGGAGAGCGACUUUCUCGCCGAAUCUUCAUCCCAAAGGGAUCGAAGUCGGCGACAGCUUUAUCUAAUAUUAUACAUGGAUCAAUUGCUUUAUUCGACAGGGCAAACCGUCCUUGACUUCGUCCGAUAUGCUGAUCACGUCGCUGCCAAGGGAAAGCUGUCCAGGACCCGGCUUAUCAUCCCUGGAGCGCCGCGGCUGUGGAAGUGGGUCAAAAGUAUGCUGACGGCGGAGGACACACACCAUGAAGACGACACCAUGGGCGAUAUUGACGCGCAGAACAAAAUUCUUGAGCUAGGCGAAGCCUAUAAACAUCGCAAAGACCCUGAACACCUCCCACCCGAAACCUUGUUCCAAAAGAUUGGAGACAGGGUUCGUAAAGUUCCGUGGUUUCUGCGGUCAAACGAGUCCUCAUACGGCUUCCGAGUCGCCUGUGCCACGAUGACCAUCGCCGUUAUUGCCUUACUGCACGACACGCAGACCUUUUUCAUCAAGCAGCGACUGGUGUGGGCCAUGAUCAUGGUCAACCUCAGCAUGUCCCCGACAUCUGGCCAGAGCAUCUUCAGCUUCGUGCUAAGAAUUGCUGGCACAACGAUCGCGAUGGUGGCAAGUCUCUUGGUCUGGUAUAUCCCUAACGAAAAGACGCCAGGUAUAAUUAUCUUCUUAUUCAUUUUUGUCUCAUGCGGGUUUUAUGUUCCCAUCAAGAUGUUCCGCUUUCGCGUGAUUGGAAUCAUCAGCAUCGUGACCACGACAAUGAUCAUCGGCUACGAGCUGCAGGUUCGCAAGGUCGGGGAGAAGAUUGCCACCUCCAACGGCCAGCCAUAUUAUCCUAUCUAUCUCCUCGCGCCUUACCGGUUAGCAGCCACCUCUGGAGGUAUUGCCGUUGCGUUCAUUUGGACCUUUUUCCCCUAUCCAAUUUCAGAACACUCGGUGCUUCGCCAAAACCUCGGAGCCUCUCUGUAUCUGCUGGCGAACCACUACUCGAUCAUUCACGAAACGGUGUCUGCACGCAUGCGUGGCGAUGAGUGGGGCACCACCAGUAAGACGUCUCGCAAGCUCGAGAAAGCCCGCCACAAAGUGUUCUCCAAACAGAUGUUGAUGCUGAAUGGAUUACGAACGUACUCCGAGUUUCUGCGAUGGGAGGUUCCAAUCGGUGGCAAGUUUCCCAAGAAACAGUACGAUUCGAUUAUUGUCUGCGUGGAAAACAUCGUGAGCUACCUGAGUUUACUCGGCUAUGCAUCCGACACACUGAUGAACCUGGGCGACGACGAGGCCACGGACACGGCAUGGAUGUACCAUUUCCGGCAGCUGGUCGGCAGUGCCAAAGUCACCACACACGAGGUCACGUCCCUGUUGUGUCUUCUCUCUGCCAGCAUCACGAACAGACAGCCUCUACCGCCGUAUCUGAAAGCCCCGCGGCCGUACAGCUUCUCCAAGCGCCUGGAGGCUCUCGACAAGGACAUUCUGAGCAUCAGGCACAUCGCCGAGCCAGGAUUCGCAGCGUUUGCGGUUCUGCAGAUUUCCACGAGAUGUAUUGUCGGCGACGUGGAACGUCUGAUGAAACUUGUCAAGGGCUUGGUCGGAGAGCUGGACUUCUCCUUCCAUGCUCUUAGUACAGCGGAUUCGAGAAUGACAUCUCGGGCGCCGUCGAGGGUGACUUCGCGGGUCAAUAUCAAUGAGAUCCCAUCUUCGUCUGCUGAUCGAGACAAGAUGGAAUAG